CGAAAAGUGAGUUCCAAGAACAAACAAAAUCUCAAAAAAAUAUUUUAUAAGGAGAAACGAACUUCUUAUUCAAUUUUAUCGUCAAUCGAGGAGGAAUUGAAGUAACUCGUCAAGGAAUUCUGGAUAUACGACGCGUCGGAAGCAGAUAUCAAACUCUGUGUGAAAAUUUCACACAGCUGAAUCUCAUCGCCCAACAUGGUUGUUCAGACCAGGAGAAGAAAGGCCCUGCAAGAGGCAGAGGAGCCAACAAAGUCAAGCCCCGCGCGCAAGAUGCCGGUGAGGGAGAAGGAGGAUGAUGCGGAUGUGCCAGCAAAGGCCACACCAGCAAAGGCAACGCCAGCAAAGCGUACACCAGCAAAGAAGACCACGCCGGCCAAGGAGACACCAGCCAAGGAGACUCCGGUCAAGGGCACUCUCAUGGUUUUUGAUGACGAAGAUGAAUCCGAAUUUCAAACUCCAGUUGGCAAAGAAGAUGAAUCUGAAUAUAAAACUCCUACAGAGUCAAAUAGCGCCCCCAAAGCAGCAGAGGUGGAAGACGAGGAAGAGGAUAGCGACGAUGAGGCACCCGAGGCUGUGUCCACCACCAAGGCCGCUGAGGACAUCAAGAAGUCUGCUCAAGCCGCCCAGAAGGCUGCUCAGGAGCAAGCCGCCUCACUAAAGCGCAAGCGUCAGCAGCGCGAUGAGCUCCUCAAGAAACAAGCCGAGGAGCGCAAGAAGGCCGAAGAAGCCAAGCCGCAAAACGACCAGCCCGAAGCCAGGCAAACCAAAUCUGACGCCAGAGCAAGGAAGCGAACAGAAAAGUCCCAGAUCCCAACUGUCCUGCCCGCGGAGUUCCUGACAGACUCUUCGAGUGAAGAUGAGGCCGAUGAUUCCACUGAGGUCGCCGCAGGACCCAAGAGGCGAAAGGUGGCGGGCGUCGAGAAGAGACUGACGCGCCUGGAUGCCGGGCCCAAGGACGAAGUGGUCAAGUCGACGGUGUAUCGGGUGGCCAAGAAGACGGACGAGAGGAUGGCGCCGAAGCUGAAGAAGCACACGAAGUCUUCCAAGGAGCUGCUCUUGAAGCGAAACAGGCCUGCGGCUGCGAAAGCUGGAACUGGAUUCUUUAAGAGGAAAUGAAGUUUUAGGGCGGCAGCGGUCUACGUCGACUACCUUACAUAUGAUGAUACCCAAACCGUCAUAACUACUACUUCUUCCCCGAGAGCGUUUGCUCAGAAGGAUAAUACAUAUAUCGCAUACCAGCCUCACCGACAACUUGAGGAUGAUUUGUCAACAGUAUAAGCGGCAAUUCAGACUCUAGGCGGCUCAUACAAUAUCGUGGGUAAAGCACACGGGCGAAAACAUCAAUUCGGGAGGGAGAGCUUCUCCAUAGACAACCAAGCGACAAUUUUACAAAGUAUUACUAAAAAUGGCCAUGGAUUUGUUCUGUAAAUAUCUAGGUUCUAUAGAAUGGGAGUUUAAUGUACAUCUUUUGUGUUCCUGAGUCUCU